CCAGUUUUGCGGUUGAUGUAAUACCCACGACUUCAAUCCGAACGUGAUAAUAAAAGCACAUAAUUUUAGCAGGAAAACAUAAUUUCUUAUCGUACCUCCCUACCUACGCUUGCUGCAAAAUUAAAAUCAGGACUUGACAAUUAAAGCGGUUACGACAGGAGUAGAUCUCCACCCCCCGACUCUAAAGAUUCACUUGUGGCAUUCAUUCACAUUGAAUUCGUAACCUAAUUGAGACUGAUGAUGACUGGUGGAAACGAUGUCACUGUGCACGCAGUUUUGGUGCCCUUCCCUGCGCAGGGGCACGUCAACCCUUUGAUGCAUUUCGCCGAUCUCUUGGCCGCACGGGAUUUUUUCAUCACUUUCGUCAACACAGAAUGGACUCAGAAACGCAUGUUUGGAAGUGCAGAGCACAAGUCGCAACUGCUCCAAUCCAGACCCAAUUUGCGAUUUUUGUCAUUCCCGGACGGCUUACCCCCGCAGCACGGCCGCACCUCCCAACUGGGCGAGCUUGUUACAACGCUGGCAAAGCGUGGAGACGCCUUGGAGGCCCUCCUCCGCACUCACACUGGGAAUGGCAUUCCUCCGGUCACCUGCAUCGUGUCAGACUUUUGCAUGUCCUGCACCGCAUCGGUGGCCGCCAAUAUGCAAGUGCCAAGAGUCGUCUUCUGGCCUAAUUGUGCCUCUGCCUCUAUUGCUCAGAAAUACGCUAAUUCUCUCCUUUCCCAGGGCCACAUUCCUAUCAAAGUCAGCAAAGGAAAUCGUCCGGAGAAGAUGAUCACUACUCUGCCCGGGAAUAUACCAGCUCUAUGGCCUAGCGAUCUCGUAUCGUUUUACCGCGAGCAGUUUAUAUCGGAUCCCAUCUACGAAGCGCUACUGCAUGAAUCACGAAUGUGUGACACGGGGGACUAUGUCCUUGUCAACACCUUUGAGGAAUUGGAAGGAGUAGAGGCGGCGGCGGCGCUUUCUAUCAAAGGGUGCCCAUCUCUGUCUGUAGGCCCUGUGUUUCUCCCUAACUUUUUAGGAGGGGAGAACUCAACGCUGAGCAACAUGUCUAUGUGGGAGGAAGACGAUAGCUGCUUGCACUGGCUCGACAAACAACGCCCACGCUCUGUGUUGUAUGUUUCAUUUGGUAGCUUGGCCCUCAAAUCGCAAGAGCAGUUGGAUGAGCUGGCUCUGGGUCUGGAACAGAGUGGGUAUGCAUUUCUGUGGGUUCUUCGUUCCGAUAUUGCUCAGGGGCAGGCUGUUGUUCUGCCCGAGGGUUUGGAAGAGCGAAUCAAAGAUCGCGCCUUGUUUGUGAAAUGGACGCCGCAAUUGAAGGUGCUUGCGCAUCCUUCGGUGGGAGGAUUUCUGACUCACAGCGGGUGGAAUUCAACAGUGGAGAGCAUAAGCAUGGGAGUGCCCAUGAUUGGCUGGCCUUAUUUCGCUGAUCAGUUCCUCAACUGCAGGUUUGCUAAAGAAAUAUGGAAGGUCGGCUUAGACUUUAAGGACGUGGACGUUGACGAUGGGAGGUUGGUGAGUAGAGAAGAGAUAAAGAGUGCAGUGGUGAGUAUGAUGGAGAGUGAAGAGUUGCAGAAGAAAGCCGAGGAGCUGAAAGAGGCGGCAAGGAAAGCAGUGGAGGGAGGUUCUUCUUUUAACAACAUAAACACCUUCAUCCACGAUAUGCUUAACCAAGCCAAAUCACAGUCACAGUCGUCUUUCGCGCACUGCGAUAAAUGACGCGGAAAAGAUGUAAAUGUGCACUAGAAUUGUUUGUCUGAUUCGUUAGUUAUGUGGUAGAUGAAUAAUCUUUCUGUUUCCCCGUAAGUUGUUUUCGAACUCAACCCUCGCAAAACAAUUUUUAUUUAUUUACUUUUUUAUAUGUGGAAGUUUGAAAUUAACGAAGAUAAUUUAAAACUGUUUUGUUUAA